CGCCGCGCCUCACCCAUGGGCGCCAAGCGGGGCAGCCCCGCGCCCGGGCCUGGGCCUGGGCCGGGGCCGGCGGCGGCGCCUCGAGCCAAGCGAGCGCGGGGCGCCGAGCCCGAGUUCACGGGCGCCCAGCUCAAGGCCGCGCUGCGGGACCCGCACGCCGCACCCAGGGGUCUGGAAACUUUCAUUUCCAUAGCUAAAACGCUACCUUCUGCUGAUGUAUAUGAUGUUGUGGAGGGAUACAUAAAAAUUUCUGUGGAGUGUGCUGAAAUUUUCAAACUUCUAGAUGGCGAAAGAAAGCCUGAAAGCGAAAUGCUGUUAAUCUUUCAAGCAUUGGAAGCCAUCUUAUUGAGAACAGCAAGCGACCUCUCCCAUUUUUCUGUCGUGGGGGUGAACAUAGUAAAGAAGUUGAUUAAUAGCUAUAUGAGAUUAAUCUAUGAUGCUUUAUAUUCUGAAAGUCACAGGUUGACUCGAGUAUGCUUCACCUUAUUAUCAGCGAUGGUGGCCCAAGGCCCAGAUUCAGCAAGGGACGUCUAUAGUCAUUUUGAUUUUAAUAAUAAAUUCUUGCCUGGAUUAGUGAAAAAAAGAGACAAGAAGGGGAGAUAUGAUGUCCGAAUGGCCUAUAUUCAAUUUGCUCUCUCCUUUUUAAUUACUGGUGACAACACGAUUCUAGUACAAGUGCUUGAGUUAAAAGAUUUCAUUCCAGAUAUUUUUCGUACUGGACUGAAGGAAGAUAAAGUUUCUACAAUCAGUCUUUUAGUUUCCACAUUGAGAACCAAGGUGGUUCAAAAUAGAGUUAUCACUAAGACUCAGAAGGUGCGUUUUUUUACUGCUGAAGUGUUGAAUCACAUCGCUACUCUUUAUCGCUGGAAUGGGAUAACCGAUGUCAGCACUGAGGAUGUACAGGGUACACAAGAUCCUGAAGAGGCUGGAAAGGUCAUGAUAAGAGAACUGGUUCAUAAUUUCUUAAUGGACCUCUGCUGUUCUCUGAAAUAUGGCAUAAAUUUCUAUGAUCCAAGCCUUGGUACAUCUGGCAGAGGAGGAAAUUUGGUUCUUCUGCGCUUCCUGCUGGGUUUAAAAACUGCAACAGAGGAUGAGAUGGUUGCUGAUCUUGUGGUGAACAUUCUUAAAGUGUGCCCAGAUUUACUGAACAGAUACUUUAAGGAAACCCACUAUUCUUUUGUUCCCAGGCAAAAGUCAGCUUGGUUAGAAAAUAUCAAAUUACUAAGAAAGAUCUACGAGGAUCAACCUGAAAUUUCCAACUCUUUCAAAACCACAGAGUUUAUUCCACUUUCUAAAUUGCUUUCAAUGGUGAUGGUAACAACUCUUCCUGUUGUGUGCAAUAAAGCCAUGUUCACCCAAGGAUUAAAUUUACCCAACAAAAUAGUGAAGCACACUGUCUUGUCCCUUAUGUCAACUAUUUUGAAAAGAGCUCUGAAAAACAUUGAGCACUGUUUGAAUGAGGACACAUGGCAGAAGUCAGAAAUCUACACCCCGUCAGUGAUGCAGGAAUUUGUACAGCUAUACAGAGAAGCCCUCAGCAAGCUUUUACCAGACAUGACUAGUGUAGUGGCAGUCUGGCAGUCACUACUUAAGCAAGAGAAAGAACAUCACGUUGGACAAGGAAAGGCAGGGGCAGACACUGUCUCCACCUCAGAGGAAAUGACCGAGAUCACAGAAACUGAUGAGCAACAUGGUUCAGAUGAUGCAGAAACCACACUCCUGAAAGCUGUGUUACUUCAGGUCAUCUGCCUUUAUCAGAAGGUUGUUCCCCAUACCGUAACGCAGAGCAACUUUGAUUUCAGCAAACUGCUGAAAGGUAUUGUCACCGAAAAAGGCCUCCGAGAGGAGAUUCCUCCUGUUCUACAGCACCACAUACUGAAAGUGGCCCUGGAACUGCCUGCAAACAAAUUUGCCUGGUUUAAAGUACAGGAUGUCUCGGAAGCAGAGAAAGUGUGUGGUGAAAGAUCGGUGUUCUAUUUACUGAUGAAAAUGUUUGUAACAAGUAAUCAUUCACAACUGAAAAUAUCAAUGAAAAAAUUAAUCAUCAAGGUUUUGUAUGACAGUGGGGUAUUUGAAUACACAUGGAAGGAACUUGUACUUUGGCUGGAACAUUUGGAUAAUACAAUAGAAGACAAGAAGGAAGCAGUGAUUCAGUUUUUGGAAAGGAUUUUACUGAAAUUGGUGACAAAUCCUUAUCCAUACACAGAUAAAGCAGCAGACCUUGUCCAGGAAGCCGGUAUGCUCCAAGUCAGCUUGUUUAAGCAAGACUCUGAUAAUGUCAGCAUACCCAUUUCCCACAUUGAUGAUGUCUUGGAUAUGGUUGAUGUCCUUGUGGAAGGCAGUGAUGGCUUGGAUGAAGAAAUUGGAUUUGCUUUGAAUGAAGACAUGAUACUACACACGUUUCCAUUCAGUGCUGUUGUCCCUGCUGCGUUAGAAGUCAGGAACAAGUUACUGCUUCAGGCUGAAAAUGAAAUGGGAGAGAGUAUACUGGAGUAUCUUGUUGCUGUUUUCACUGACCUCCUCCAUUCGCAGAGAGAUCCCUUGGCCCUUUGUCUGAUGUUUCAGCUCUUUGAUAAAGAGCUCCAGCCACCGUAUACAUCUCAGUAUCCUCAGCUCUGUCAAUUUAAUCAGUACUAUAAUCUUUGGAUACCACAGCAAGCUAAAGAAACCUUGUUUAAAGAAUCAUUUAAGGAGCAUGUCCUGCAGCCAGGUUCUUCAUUUGCUUCCCUGCUAAAGCACGCUUAUGAGAGAGGUGAUGCCCUCCUCUUAGAAGACAGUGUUCAGACAAAGCUGAGAGACAUGGCAUCCCAGCUCCACGGUCCACAGCUUUUGCUAGAAGUCAAACAUGUGCUGUUGUACCUAAAGUCUACAGUGGAGAACUUUGGCAGUUUCAGUAGGAGCUCUGGUCCUCUUCUUCUCAGUCUCUACGUAGACCUCCUAGGCAGUCUACUGUGGUGCUGUGACCAGGUGGAGCAGUGUAAUCAACAGAAUCAAGAAGGGUCCCAAGCUGAGUCAGAUCUCUUUAUGGAUAUGGAAGAUGUGGUUGUGGUAGAGUCUGCAGAUGACAAGGUGCUAGAAGAGGUGCUUACAUUGAUCUUCAAACAUCCUACCAUGGAGACCUGGUUCCUGGCUUUAGAACAGCAAGCUCUUCCCCAACACAGAUUGAACCCUGUGACUGUGAAACUUCUGGCAGCUCAGCUAAAUAAUGGCAUCCUUCGUUUGUUGAAAACAAGUGCCCCAAUGUUGCAAAACAUGAAACGCCUUGAUGUGCUGUCUAACUAUUUUGAAGCCAUUGUAAAAAGCAUCUUGACAGAGUUGCAAGCUGUGAGGAAAGAAAGAAACAAGGCAUCUUUAAAAAAGUCACGGCAGUUGGAGGCUCUGCAGGAUUUGCACAUGUACAUGGAUGCAGCUCAGUUAAAAGAAGUCGUGCUAAUCAUGCUUCAGCUCCCUGAAGUGAUCUUGACCACUCAGACACCUGAAAAUUCUCCCAAGAAAAAGAAAUGUUUGAGCUUGUAUGGUCAGAUGCUUGUGCAGCUCCUCACAGAAGGCUACAAAAGACAACCCCUAAAAGAAGAGCUGCUGUUAUCCACAGAGCAUAUUAAGGGAAUGGGGACCCUGCUGCCAGCGUCAGCCAAUGAAGAGCUAGGGAAAGUUCUCCUACAAGCUCUGCAAAGAGAGCCUCUCUUGGCAGGAGCUGUUGGGGUAGAUGUAUCGAUUUAUUGCCUGAACCAUGUGACUGAAACUUCUCUUGCCAUUGUGGCUUUGUUGAUCAAACACUGUCACACUCAUCUGCUGCAGUUUGAGCUGUGGUGUCUGAAUUGUGCAACUGCAAAGUUCCUGAGGAAAAAUAUGGAUAUCUUUCUUCCGCUCAUUAAUGUCUAUUUACAGUGUAAGGAGCAGUGCAACUUUACACGGCUGUCAAGAGUUUCCUCAUCUGUUGUGUCUGUCUUGAGAGAAGCUUUUUGGAAACAACUCUCAAAUGUAGUUCUAGAUAUGGAAGCAUUACCAAGAACCACAGUGAAGUUGCAAGUGUUUUCUAAGCUGAUACAAGCUUCAGAAAUUGAAGCACUAAGUAAUUUAAUUGACAAGCUACCCACAACUCUUGAGAAAGCAGGAAAUCAUGAGAGUUGGAUUGUGGCAGAUUCCAUCUCUAGAGUGCUUGAGAGCUCUGAUAAGGACAUGACCUCCUGGAGGAAAAGCCUCUUGUCAGCCUGUGAACAGUGGUUAAUUGCAGCAUACAACAAUAAUAAGGAAGAAGAAAUCAACCAUGAAGCAGAGACUUCAAUGCUGCUGAGGCUAGAAGAGCUAUUGCACGUAGUUAAUGAAGUGGGUCCAGCUGACUGGCACAGUCUUGUGAAAAUGGGACUCAAGUACCGCUAUCGAGAACAAGUGUUUCUGGAAACUCUUAAUUCUGCUAUUCAGUCGUUGUACAGGGAAGACAGCUCACUUAGUAAGAGAUUAGUCAAGCUUUCCACUCUUUACAUGAUGAUCACACAGCACUCUUUAUUUUUGUCAACCAUGCUGAGCUCAAGAGAAGACGAUGACACAAAUGUCCAAACCAGAGAGGCAUUAGUGGAUAUAUUGUACACUAUAGUGAAACUGAGUCCUUCAGUCUGUGAGAGCAGUCACUUUGCUGUGUUGCUUGGAGCGUAUGGUGCAACGCUGAGUGUCAUUGAUCAGAAAAUAUUGCUGCUGCUUCAGUUGUAUGAGAAAAAUGAUCUAAGCCUCAUAAACUUUAGGAUCCUUUUAUGGGGUCCAGCAGCUGUGGAACACCACAAGACUUGUAAGAGUCUAGGAAAGUCACUGUGGCAGCAGCCAAGCAUGGAGGAAAUUUUGUGUCUAUUAGAUCGAGAGAUGAUGAUGAAGACUAUUCUGCACUUCCCUCAGCAUCGCCGUCUUCUGCCACCACAGGAAGGACAAGUGCUGUUGUAUAGGGAUGAAAGUGUGAAGGAUCUUAAUGAGAUCUACGAUCCCUGUUUUUUGCUUCAGCUCUUCAGCGAAUUGACCAGACCAGAGUAUGUAGUGGCAUGUCAUAAAUUUGUAGAGGUGAAUGCCUUGGGCCUAACUGUAGCGGCACUUAGCAGCUAUGAUGCGAAUAUGAGAGCAGCUGCAUAUUAUGUCCUGGGCUCCUUUCGCUCUCACCUGGAAGGGGCUCAUUUUCGAGAACAGAGACAGUUGCUCUAUCUUAUGGAUGUUGUACAAAAUGGAAUCCGACAACCAAACCUCAGGUUCACCUUCUCCUUGACCAUCUACAUUGCUCGAGUGGCACAGCAAAUGCUGAAGCCAGAGCAGCACAUGUACCCAAAGAUAAAUACAUUUCUUCUGUCACACCAGUAUUUGGACUUGAAGAAAGUACCAGGCUUUUAUCAGUUUUUCUACAGCUUUGAUUUCGAGCACAAAACAGAACGCGAGUGGAUUCUUAGACUGCUUGGAGAAGGACUGCGGGAUAAGCACUGCUAUCAGCUGUAUGACUACCAAAGGAUUUUCCAUGUCAUACUGUCAUUUUUUAACAGUCCCCUGUGUGAUGAAACUUCUGAGAAUCACAUUCUGGAGAUACUGCAGAAUGCUGCUUAUAUCACAAAAGCUGCCUAUGAACUGAUAAGAGACCACAGCCUUCUCACCUGGAUAUUGGGUAUCCUUGAGAAAAAGUUUUUGGAAAACAAGGUGCUAACCAGUGUCAUCUCCUUAGUCCACACACUAUGGGUAACAAAUUUAGGAGACAAAGGAAGGAUGAUGUCAACUGAAACUCCAAACGAAAAAGAGCUACAGGCCCAGAAGAUCCAAAAGUUUCUUCCUCUUCAGCUUAUAAAUGAAUUUCUGUAUGUUCUGAUUGUGCUAGUUAAACACAUUCGGACCAACUUAGAUUUAGCCAAUCUGACUCAGUUUUUCAGUACAUUCAGCUCUGUGCUUGGAUACCGUGCUACCAUUAUUGAGGCCUUCAGAAAAAUGAACAGAUUUACUGUGAAUGAGAGCAUCCUUUCAAACAAAGAUAUCCUUAUGCUCUUACAUAAGUGGAGCAUCAUUGAAAAGAACCUGCAGCUCCAAGAUGAUGUGCAAAUGGUUAUUCAAAAGCAUCAAGUCAAAGAGUUGCUUAAAAAUAUUAAAGAAAAGAACAAAGCCCAAGUUCCAUUUCGGUCUUCAUCUCGCCGUGUUCGGAAAAAGAACGAAUUAGAAAGAGAGGAAGAAAGUGACUCAGAGCGGAAAUUCUCCAACUUAGAGAAAUGCAGAGACCAUUUGACUUCCAUAUUAAUCCAGUGGGAGCCAGUUCUUCCAACCCGGUCUACUAAACUUCCAGAGGAGCCCCUGGAGUCUUCUGCUCCUGAGAAUGAAACUGCCAGCCUUACACAUGAAAUUGCUUAUAUAGUAACCAGAUGGCUAGUGAAGUGUAUGGUGGAUCAUAGCCUCAAGAAGCCAAAUGUGUUUCUGAUUCUCGAGUGGCUAAAAACCAGGAUUUUGCCACACCCUGUAGUAGUGAAGAAGAUGCUUAGGGAUGCCACACUGCGUAGUGAUAUCUUUAGGCUUUACAGCAGAAUCAGUGAAGCCAGUGAAGGGAUGUCAUCCCAUCUUAAAGAUUCUUGUUUGUUUAGCACAAUCAUGCUUCAGCUUCUGGAUGCUCAGGGCCUGACAAACAGCAGUUUUCAUGAGCCUGUGAAAAUGCUGUGCCUAGGAGCAGUGAAUGAGGAGGACGAGAUCAAAAAAGGAGUCUGUGUAUUCCUGGCUUCUGUUUACAUUGGGGACAUUUGGCUUGGAGCUGAGGAACCAGAUACAUUAAUAACCCAUGUCAAAUUGAUCUGCGGUAGUACAGAUGGUAAAUUAAAUGCUGAUGACAGGAAACACCACAAAAAAGCAGAUGAAUCCAUUGUGUCACUUUGCAAAGAACUUAAUUCAGCUGUGCUGGGACAUUAAUUCUCUGUAAUGACUCUUAAUCUUAAAUGUCAGAUGCUUACAUCAUCAUUGCUGGUAACGCUGAAAUCUUCUUGGAGAUGCACUAUGUACAAAUUUAAAUUAUUUUUCAGUGAAAAACAAAAAUUGACUAUGAAGCGCAAGUUCUGAAAGAGACUUAAAAGAAUUCUGUGCAAAAUGAACCUUGCAUUGAAAAAUUCAAGCAGGAUUUGUUCAGAUAUGGACAGUGCGGGACCCUGAAACUUCUGUGUCGGUUAUAUUACAGACAUUAUUUUACUUUCUAAAAUAGAGGGGGAGAGGAGGAAAGACUGAUUACUGUAGUGCCUCAGAACUCCAGUUCAAUCCCUCAUCUAGUUCAGGUCCGUCAAAUUGUGUGCGUCCGUCAGGUGUGUCAAAUUGAGGAGUGAAAAGCAAUUACUGUCUCUUACCAGAAUCCAAAGUUAACGCAAAGAAUAAGUGUUUAUAUGAUUAGUCAUUACGAUUUAGUAUUCAUUCCAAAUGGCAGCUACUCCUUAUGGAAUAUAAAGUCCAAGCCAGCAUAAGGAAAUGCAACAAACUAUGGAACCAUGACAUUCUGCAUCUUUCGAAAAUGAAAUUACUUUUUAAAAGCUGUAUAAAGUUCUGGUUUUGUUGUUUGCCAGAGAACGCAAGUCUUGGCUGCUGUAACAAAGAGGGCAAGCCUAUCUUCUCCCAUAAUGGAAUAGGUGAACAAUGACUUGUGUUCUUAUCUGUGCCGUACCCUACCCUAUGCUUUUCCUGCUCUGGGGUGAGUAUCCUUCCAUCACAUCCAACUCCUACAGCAGAGUGAAAGGGAAAAUGAACUUGGAUCUCUUGUGUGGAGGUAACUAGCAUCAUGGUCUUUCUGACAGCUGUGACCCUUUCUGAUAACCUGACCCUUCUGCCUGCUUUCUCAGUAAAACUACAAUGGUUUGGUACUGUUCAUACAUGUGAAAUUGAAGAGGAUGCUCUCCUUUUCAGCUGAAGACCAAAAAUAUUAAACUGGCCUAAGGAAGGAGCAAAAUAAUUGUCCCUGUGUGAUUACAUAAGUUUUUCAUUGUAUAUGUUCCAUGAAAUCUAAUAAAUAUUUCUUGAACAAGACAUCAGAGGGCAGUUUGACACACCAUUUCAGAUGCAGAGCCUUGCAGGUGCUGUAUUUGAAAUUUUACAAUCUAAACCAGGAUUCUUAAAUUUAUUCUCAAAUAUGUGCUCUGCAUUGGCACUUUGUACAGAUUUCAUACUGGAAGUACAUUUAUAAACAUGGUGUUACAGUCUAUGUGAAUAUAUUUUGGAGUAAAACUCAUAGUUUUUAUUUGCAGUUUCAUAGAUUUUAUUUGAAUCAGUCUAUUUGAAAUAUGAUUUAAAAAACUACAGAACAAGUUUGUAAUUAAAAUUAUGUGAUUAAACAAAGAACCCAUCAAUAAGCCAUACUUGAUAUAUGAUUGAGACCUAAGACUUAACACCACUUAGAAUAUUCCCUGAUAUGUCAUUUUAAAGUGGUCAAUGCAUCUUUUUUCUUAAAAAAAGAAAAUUGACUGCCACCUUAUUGCCCAAGGCUAGAAUCUGAAAGCAGAGUGGUGUGACAUAACAUUAGCCAUGGCUAGAAAUUAUGAGCAGAUAUAAUUCCUCAGCCUUUACAGGCCACUAACAUCCUGCUGUUGCUUAUGCUUAUGCAAAGGCGGAAUGAAGAAGAAAGGCAGGCUGUCAUCUCCUUCAUUCAAGUGGAAAGGAAAAUAUUAAUGACAAAUAAGGGAAAGCAAUAGGGUUCAACUGUCUUAAAAGGUUGUUAUACACAAUGGUGAAUUUAGGAAAGACUUGGUUGUAGAAAAAGAUGUGAUUGACAGCACCAAAAAAGGUAUAUUUUUGAAGGAUUAUGUGGAGUGUUGAAGAGUACUUUUUUCAUUCGGGUGUUUCAGUCCCUGUUUAGUGACUUCCCUUUUUUAGCUUACCACGUAGUUUCAAGUGACGGCAACAACAAGGCUUCUACAUGGAUGCAUUUGAACUGGAGUCAUGAUGGAGAAAAAGACCUAGGGGGUCUGGUUUGUUUUAAUGAUCAGAAACAAUUGUAUACGUGGGCUUAUAAUGAGGCACCUACUGAAUUUACGAUUUCACAUUUUUCAUGGACACUGCGAAUUGGGAUGGUCCCCACGAAAAAAUAUGGGGAUUGUGAAAAAGCACAAAAUGAGCAGCAAGGUGGGGUGGGAAGAGCUUCAAAAACUGAAAAAGUGGAAAGCCCUGGCAUCCUGAAGUGAUGGGGGAGAGAUUUUCGUGGCAAAGUGCAGUGGCUCCCUCACACCUCUGGCUGAGGGGCCCCAGAAAUCCCACCCCUCCCUGGAGAGAUCUUCUGGGGCUCCUCAACUAAUCUGUGGUGUGGGGGGCCUGCUGCCCUCCACUACAAAAAUGGCACCCAGCGCUGCACUUGGACCACAAAAUUUGGGGCAGCUGAUCUGAAUUUGGCAGGUCCCUAGUUAUAAUCUUAAACUGGAAGGGCUUCCAGCCUAGAAGAAUCAGUCUUGAGGAAUAUUGUCAGCACUGCCUCAUGAGUUUCAUGUGGGCAUACUACAGUGACACACGCAUUAAAGAGUAUCCGUACACACUGAUAAAAUGGAUUGAUCACGCUUGCUGGUUACGUACAUUGGUUUGAACCCUUUGAUUGAAAGGUGCUAUAGAGGUUCAAAGUAAUAGUAGGUGACCAGUUCUGAAACUUUAUUGUCCUUCCCUUUGUCUUGGAGCCUGUUUUCCUGUGUAAUGUUUACAGGCUAUUGGCAAUACACACUGAUCUGUACAUUAUUGGAAGGCCAGAGUAAUUCCAUCGAAAUCAGCCCCCAAGGUGUCAUCCUUACACUCUGGUUUUGCUGAUUAAGUUAGGUAUUCAGAAAUGCCCAGCCAUCCAUCACUUUUUCCCCCCUGUUUUUUACUGUUUGCUGUAAUUUCCAGACUUACCAUUACUGAAACAGAAGGCUGGGCAGAGUUGCAAUUUGCUGUCUAACUAAUUUAGAUUAUAUUAAUUCAAAUUGAUUAAUUAUAAACUAAUUAGCCUAUAAGGAGCAACUCUUGCCCUGCCAUCUGCCUAACUUCAGAUUAACGUGGCUAACUACUUCUCUCUGCUCAUUAUUGAAACCUUCCAGGAGCAGGGAAAUGUAUUUGCAUACAUUUCUUUUAUUUCUCUCUUAUAAAAGCAAGAGUUUACAAUAGCAUUAAAGAGAAGAAGAAAACUAAUUUAAGCAGAUGACAAGUUAAAAUUAUUGGAGUGUGUCAUAGGACAGGCAUGCAAUUGACAUGGGUUGAUCAGCGGGAAGUAUGCAAAUCUGCAUUAGGGAAUGUUUAAAAAUAAGGAUUGGUCUCUUACUGCCUCAGUGAGCUGCAAUCUGUUCCAUUAAUGUGAUAAUUAGGUUCUUUUAAAAAUGCAGAUGAAUUGGUGGAGGAGAUCUUCAAAAGUUCCAAUGACCUUUUGAACUAGAAUGAUUGUCUUUAUUACUGUCAACAUGGUAAACAUGCUUUAAAAAAAACUAGACAGGUAGGCAUUUAAUUAAACAUUUUGUUUUAAAAAAAAUACUUUUUCUUAAUAAAGACAUAGCAGCAGCAGAGUCCAUAGGAAAAGUGAAUGCAAUAAAUGUGCCCAAGAAAAUGAGUCUUCAUUUUCAAACCAAGGAACCGCAAUGUUUAGAAUAAAAAAAGAAAAGUUACAAAGUUUGGUCCUGGUCCUGCAAUGAGAAACAUGUGCAUGAUCUGCCAUUGAAGCCACUGGGAUGCUGCCUGCGUGCAGAGGUCAGCCAGUCCAUGCAGCUUGCUAUCUAGAGUCUAGGCCUCUUUAAUGAUCUCUUUCUCACAGCUCACAAGAGGAUCAUUGCCGUCAUUGAAAAGACUCCCUAAUUUUAUAUGGGUUUGCAGAGGUCUCAGACGUACAUGGAAGUUUCCAUUGUGUAUGAGUAAUGCCAAAAAGCAAUUGGUGUUUCUCAGGACUGGAAAUGGUGGUUCCACAGCAAGGAGUGGCAACUGGCUGGAUCCAAUCUGGACCAUUGGAUCCAGUCUGCAAACUGGAAGGCGGGCCUUCAGCAAUGUUCGACAACACCAGGAGCUUCAUCCAUGCGUAGCCAGGCAGCAGGGAGAAGUGACAGUGGCUAGGUCCUAGCGCUGGCCCACCUCAGACCCAAGCCAGGUCAUUCCAACCUGCCGACACAAAAAUGGUUUCCGGCUGUCCUAUCACAGGGCUGGAGCACUGUAGUUACAUGGAAGACCUGCUUGAAGCUUCAACAAAAUAAACAAUUCAGGGCUGCUUGGAUAGCUGGUUCUAGGAGGAUGAUUUUGUCUUUUUUGGGAGGCAUUUAGAUGGGAGACUUCCAAAAGAACCUCGUAGGCUGCUCUUGGUCUCAGUGCUGAAGUUUGCAGUGUCUAGUGGCAGUACUAUUCCCACAGCUUGUGACUCCUGGCUAAUCAUAGAGCAAAGGUUUAGUUAUCUAGACAAAGAUACUGACUGGAGGGAUUGGUGACUCCAAGACACCCAUAAAUGGUUAUGGUUGGAAAUGUCAUGAGAAGGCAAACAGUUAUUCUUCCCCACAGUUUAGUUUUUCAAAGGGGAGGGGUGAGGUUGCAUUUUUGUAUGUUUUAUACUACCUUUAAGUGUUUGUAGAUUGGGCUUCUGUGUGAUAUUGGGGUUCUUUUUAAGUAGAUUUUAAAACAUUUUAUUUCCUCUCUCUUGAUUUCAAUACCACAAUGAACAGCUUUAAACAGAAUGUGGAAAGAAGGCAAAUAUCUUCAGUGGAUGUGCAUGAUAUAGACAAACAUUCAGAAAUCUUACAAAAGUUCUAAAAGACAUUUCUAUAUAGCUUUUAAAACCUGAUAAUGCUUUAUUAUUUUGUAUGUACUCUGAUAAUAUAUACCAAAACCUGUAAAAACUAUAAUACAGCCAUUUUUGUGAA